ACUACUGGUGAAGAGGGCAAUAAAACAAUAACAACGACGGAACUCUCUCCACCACUUUUUCGUAUUACUCGCGUCGUCGUUAUCGCUUUCUUCGUCGAGGUUCAAGCCUAAGAGGUAGUUCUUCGACCAAUGAUUUUCAUUAUGUGAGCAAGCUUAUCAAAUUACUUCGGUAGUCCUUUUUCGCCGCUGUGCCGUCGCCGAUUUUUUUUUCUCACCAAUUAUUAAUUCUUCUAUUACGCGAUUUUAUUAGUUGACGAAUUUCGUUCGCGGAGAGAGUGUUUAUUAUUAUUCGUCGAAACUCGCAUAUUUUCAUGAUUUAUUCAUAGUUAUUAUUUUUCGCGGGAUGAACGCCGAAAAUGGUUGAUUUCGAGUACUUUCCAGUCCGAAGAUAACACGUUAUGGAAAUUCGAACAAAAUUGAAAAAUAAAUUAAAAUGAACGCCAAUACGACGAAUCGUAAAUACGGUGACAUUAAUCGGAACACGUCAUGGAAGUAUUGCAGCAACAACAACAAUAAUAAUAUUAACAAUAAUAAUAAUAAUUUAUCGACCGUAAACAACAAUACUCUACUCUCGGCUAACGAGCAGAGUGAAAUAAUUCGAUUUUACGAUGAAGGAAAAGUUCUCAUCACAGGCAGUACCGGAUUCAUCGGUAAAGCUUUGACUGAAAAGUUGCUCAGGACUUGCGUCACCGUAUCCACCAUAUAUUUAUUAAUAAGGCCGAAGAAAGGUCAAAGCUGCGAAGAAAGAUGUAACGAUUUGCUACAGAAUCCUGUCUUUGAUCGUAUUCGAGCCGAAGAAUGUUCCGAAAAAAUACUUUCCAAGGUCGUUUGCAUCGCUGGAGAUGUAACCGAACCAGAUUUAGGAAUGUCCGAAGAGAAUAAGAAUAAGCUUUUGGAAGAAGUGACCAUAGUGUUUCAUUCGGCAGCUACAGUCAAGUUCAACGAAAGCUUAGAUACUGCGGUAACGCUCAAUACUUUGGGCACCCAAAGGGUGUUACUGUUUUGUAAACAAAUGAAAAAUUUAAAAGCUUUAAUUCAUGUUUCUACCGCUUACUCGAAUGCUGACAAAGAGGAAAUUUCAGAAACAGUGUAUCCGAUUCCGGUGAAUAUUUUUGGUGAAAUUAAACCCAACGAAAUGCUAUCAGAAGAAUUACUCAAAAAAAUUGGACGUAAAUUACAAAGAAAGCAUCCUAAUACUUAUACGGUUACGAAAGCUAUGGCUGAAUGGGUCGUCGCAGAAUACUCAGAUGAUAUCGCCGCUGCCAUUGUUAGACCGAGUAUAGUGACAGCAGCCUGGCGAGAACCUUUCGAAGGAUGGGUCGACAACGUCAGCGGUAUUACCGGUAUAAUGAUGGAAAUUGGAAGAGGAACUAUACGUAGUAUUAUAUGUGAUCAACGAUUAGUAGUGGACGUAAUUCCAGUAGACUUCGUAAUAAAUACUUUGAUUGCUGCUGCCUGGCAUACUGCUACUUUCAGGACAAACGCAAUAAAAGUGUACAACUGUACGUCAGGUACAUUGAAUCCUCUAAGUUGGGAAGAACUAGGAGCUCUGACUCAACGCCAUUCGUUAUCUGUGCCAUCGAAAUAUAUCCAGUGGUAUCCAGGAUUUGCAUUUCGUACAAAUCGUUUCAUACAUUUACUCAGUGAAAUGAUGUUUCACUUUUUCCCCGCUUUCUUACUGGAUACAGUUUUACGCUUAAGUGGAUCUAAACCAAUGAUGUUGAAAAUCUACAAUAGAUUUAAAUUAGCUGCCAAAACGGGCGAAUUUUUCGCUCUCCAUCAAUGGAACUUCGCCAAUGGAAAUGUACAAAUUCUUCAACAGGAAAUGCUCAGCGUUGUCGAUCAAGAUAUUUUCAACGUCGAUAUUUCAACGUUAAACUGGGACGUGUAUAUUAAAAACUACAUGCUAGGUAUUCGUAAAUACGUGCUCAAAGAUCCUGUCGAAACAAUACCAAGUGCCAAGAAGAAAUUACAAAGGUUGUAUUGGGCGCAUAAAGUUCUGCAAGUCAUGACAGGAAUUGUUCUUCUUAAACUUUUAAGAAAUUAAAUUUUCAAUUUCAUUCUGAUUUUCAAUAUAAUUGUAGAGAAUUUGUAA